CUCCAUGCUUUCCAAGGUGUCAGCAUCUGGAAUUAGAACUGGUUCUGAACUUUUGAUUGGAUUUGGGGUUUAAGGGUAUAAGGGGUCUUGGGGGAUGGAGGCCAGGAAGCUUUUGAAGGACAAGAAGUUCUGGGUUGCAUCACUCCUAAUUGGGUGGGCUGCUGCUCUUCAGGGGCAUAUGAUGUGGCUGCAGAGACAAGAUGCCUUCAAGGAGAAGUUUGGGGAUCUUAGUGAAGCCAAAACCAAUGAUGCUGAUAAUUAGCUUCUUAGCUUUGAGCCAUUACCAUCACGAUUGUAUGUAAGCAAGCCCAAGUUCAGUUCUUUUUAAUCUGUGUGAUUGGUUUGUGUGGUUCAUUGUGUAAUUGGGAGGUACUAGUCUGAUUUUAGUUGUGAACUUUUAGAUUGUGAGAUAUCCGCUGUGAUGUUACAAAUAAAUAGCUGUGGGUCUAUAAACUAUUGAGGAAAACAGAGCUGCAUCACGACAAUACGAUUGCGCCUGCUGCAACUCUUGCAAAAUUGAUAAUGGAUUCUGUUGAUAGUGGUAGUAUUUGGAUACCGUAGUGGCUACCAUUUCUGCUACUCAGUUGUUGGUGCCAGUAGACAGUUGAAGCAAUACACAUAACUUUCUAAUUCUACUUCUGCCUGAUCGUGCAAAUGUAGAGUUCUUAGCACUGGCAUAGCAAAAAUCGUAUGGGAAAAUGCUGG